GAAUACUACGGUGUGACGUCAUCAGAGGACUAUUUUAUAAACUCACGAGGCGUCGAGCUUUUCACGAAGCAAUGGCUUCCCAUUGACGGUCGUCUGCGCGGCGUGGUCUUCUACUGCCACGGCUACGGCGACACCUGCGCAUACGCGUUUGAGGACGUCGCGAUACGGUUGGGCGCGUCCGGUUACGCAGUGGAAUCAUUGGAUUACGAAGGGUUCGGCUUGUCUGCUGGAUUGCACGGGUUUAUUCCGCGAUUCGACAAUCUCGUGGAUGACAUUACGGAAUUCACUGCAUCGCUGAGAGCUCGGCCGUCCCUCGCGCACCUCCCGUUCUUUCUCUACGGCGAGUCCAUGGGCGGAGCAGUGGCGCUCCUCACGCAUCUCCGCCAGCCGUCCUCGUGGCAGGGCGCAAUCCUUGCCGCUCCCAUGUGCAAGAUCGCGCCGGAGAUGAUGCCUCCUAAACCCGUCGUCACCACCUUAUCCUUUCUCGCGAGUAUCUUCCCUCGAGCGAAGCUGGUCCCGACCAGGGAAAUUGCGGAGAUUGGGUUUCGGGAUCCGGUUAAGAGGGCGAAAUUGUGCGAGAAUCCGGUGGGGUAUGGCGGGAAGCCGAGGCUACAAACGGCGCUACAGAUGCUGAAGGCGACGCAGCGGAUUGGCCGAGAUCUGGAUAAGGUUUCGCUGCCGUUUCUCCUGAUGCACGGUGCAGCAGAUGUGGUGACAGAUCCGUCGGUUAGCGAGGCGCUUUUCCAGCAGGCUUGUAGCAGGGAUAAGACUUUUAGGUUGUACGAGGAGUGCUGGCACGGGUUGACCACAGCAGAGCCUGACGAUGUGAUGGCGAGAAUUCUGGACGAUAUGGUUACCUGGUUACACGCCCGAAGCUUGCACCCGAGCCUCCUGCCAAGUUUCCGGCUCAAUGCAUAUGCUGCUGCGGCUGUAGCAGCUGCUGGAUGGUCCUCGGGUUUGGCUUCUCUUUCUGGUUCAACGGCACCCAUGUCAUCUGGAGCAGUCCAUCUAGGGAUGGGGGGACGAGUAGAUGCAGCAGCAGGAAGGGGGAUGGGAGGGGAUGCCAACGACGUGGAUGUGGUGACCGUUGACCCUUUAGGAUCCGAUGCUUCGUGGAAGCUCAAGGGAAUAGCAGAUUUGAUCAAGGAAGGCGCCGUUGGACUCAUUCCGACUGACACUGUAUAUGCCCUGGUGUGUGACGUCAAGAACCGAGAUGCCAUUGACAGACUCUACCGGUACGCCAUUGUACACGCCCUCAUCUCUCUCACGUUCAUUCUCAAGGCGAGCAAGGCCAUGCCGAAGAAGUUCACACCACUCAGUCACCGCUCGCCCUUCCAUUCCUCCUUUCCCGUCCCUUUCCCCCGCAUCCGCUCUGCCUUCCCUCCAUCAGUACACGUUCAUUCUCAAGGCGAGCAAGGCCAUGCCGAAGCAGUGCACGACGUUUGGGGGCAGUGCAGUGGCGCACUGCGCGCCCAGGAAGAGUGUGGGGGUGAGGAUGCCUCUGGAUCCCGUUUGCCACGCACUGCUCGAGCUCCUAGACGACCCGCUCCUCUGCACCAGGUCAGCUGUGAUAACCUAUCCGAGGCAUGUCUAACAGUAGGACACUACACUCUCCCAGGAAGAGCGUGGGGUGCCACCAAGAGCUCAGACGAACGCUGGUUGCUGGACCCCUCAGUGGUCGGACUCACCUACCGGUCUGAAGAUGGGUCAGAGGGUGUGGAUUUCAUUGUGGAUGGGGGUGCUCGCAUGCCAGAGCCAUCCACAGUGGUGGAUAUGACUGCUUCCCCCAACCCGACUCUCCCCAUCAUCCGCCUCGCCAGUCGUCAGCAUGACGCCUCCUCCUUUCUCGCGUGGUGA